CGGCAACUACAGAAAACGACGUUGUUCAUAUAGAAAAAAUCGUCAGUGACAUUUCUUGUUUAUUGUUUAAAGUCCAUCCGUUUGAUUCGUGGCGUUUGUUUUGGCCGUAAAAAGUCGCGAAUCUCAAUAUCAUAUAACCGGUGAACGUAUCUUCAGUUGACAGUUCGGCCAUUGCAUUUCCGGUAUUACUGUGUAGUACACGCGGACAGUCGGCGAGAGACCAUCCCGAAACAGUACGUCGGUUCGACACCCAUUCUAAUUAUUUCGGCCGCGUCUAAAAUAACGCCGCCGAACUAACCACGUCUGCAGUGACGCGAGUGCACCCUCCGCAAGGGCCCCCACGUGUACGUUAACCGAUGUCGAGCAGCGCGGCACCUGACAGCUGGGAGUCGCAGGCCGACUCCGGCUCAGCAAACGGGUCACCGGUUAAGAACGCCGACCAAGUGACGACCAGCUUCAGCACGCUGAACGUGAACGCUGUGGAAUUCGUGCCUUCGUUCGCAAUGUCGCCCGCGACCACCGACAAAAGCAGCCCGACACAGUCGCAAGGCUCAAACAGCAGUGCAUCGCCCCAACACGUGCCCGUGGUUAACGGGACCACAGGCGAGGCAGGCGAACGCGUGGAAGUGAAAGAACCGCCCCCCAUUCCGCCGGCGGACGGGGACGCAUCGCCCGGGGGCGGCGAAGGCGGCACGUGGGAGGACGCCGCCGACGACGAGAGUAGUGGCGCAGCGGCAUCCGGACUGCCAUUAUCCGCUACUACCCCAGACGACGACGACGAACCAUCAUCUGAGGAGGCCCCCGUUAAAAUAUCCAAAAAGAAGAUGGUCAAGGAAGAGGUAUUGAAAGAGAAAAAAGAACACGUGAACGUAGUGUUCAUCGGUCACGUGGACGCCGGCAAGAGCACCAUCGGCGGUCAGAUAAUGGCCCUCACCGGUAUGGUGGACAAACGUACGUUGGAGAAAUACGAGAGGGAGGCGCGCGAGAAAAGCCGCGAAUCCUGGUACUUGAGUUGGGUGGUGGACACCAACCAGGAGGAGCGUGAGAAGGGCAAAACGGUGGAGGUAGGUCGCGCCUUCUUCGAAACGGACAAACGUCAUUUCACGAUCCUGGACGCGCCCGGUCACAAGAGCUUCGUGCCGAACAUGAUCGGCGGCGCCGCUCAGGCCGAUUUGGCUGUGCUCGUGAUAUCGGCUCGUAAGGGCGAGUUCGAGACAGGUUUUGAUCGGGGCGGUCAAACAAGGGAGCACGCGAUGUUGGCCAAGACGGCGGGUGUCAAGUAUUUGGUGGUACUCGUCAAUAAAAUGGAUGAUCCGACCGUUAACUGGGAGGAGGCAAGGUACGUAGAGUGCCGCGACAAGAUCCUGCCCUAUCUCAAAAAGCUCGGCUUCAACUACAACAAGGAUUUGUUCUUCCUGCCGUGCUCCGGCCAAACGGGUCAGGGACUGAAGGAUCAGGUGGACGAGAAGAUUUGCCCGUGGUAUCGCGGACCAGCUUUCAUUCCUUUCAUCGACAGUCUGCCCUCCUUGAAUCGUAAGGCCGACGGUCCAUUCAUCAUGCCAAUCGUCGACAAAUACAAGGAUAUGGGUACCGUCGUUAUGGGAAAGGUAGAAUCCGGCGAGUGCAAAAAAGGACAGAAUCUUGUCAUCAUGCCCAAUAGGACACCGGUGACUGUAGAUAUGUUACUAUCUGACGACGAUGAGGUUAGCAGGGUCGUACCAGGUGAAAACGUUAAAAUUAAAGUCAAGGGCGUGGAAGAGGAAGACGUAAGCCCUGGUUUCGUGUUGUGCGACGCCAUCAAUCCGAUACACACGGGCAAAAUUUUUGACGCGCAGCUCGUCAUUCUCGAGCACAAGUCGAUCAUUUGCGCGGGUUACAGCGCCGUCAUGCAUAUCCAUUGCGCAGCAGAGGAAGUUACCGUAAAAGCCUUAAUUUGUCUCGUUGACAAAAAGACGGGUGAAAAGAGCAAAACACGGCCGAGGUUCGUGAAACAAGAUCAGGUGGCUAUUAUGAGAAUAGAGUGCGCGGGAGUUAUCUGUUUGGAACCAUUCAAGCUAUUCCCUCAAAUGGGACGGUUCACGCUCAGAGAUGAAAAUAAGACAAUUGCAAUUGGAAAGGUUCUAAAAUUGGUGGAAUAAAUCGUUGCUAUAGACUGUAGUUCGUAACUCAAUAUUUUAUCCAAUUAAAAACAAAAAAAUAAACACGAACUGACGAGUGGACAUAAAAAAAUUUAAAUAACCGAGAGAAAGUGACGGUGACCGCCACACAAUUGUUCGUUUUUUCCAAGCAAAUUAUAUCACGUCCACGUUGGAGACAAAAAAGUUGAAUUGAUACAUGGUGCUGCUGUUAUCUCCCCCUGCCCCCUCAUCCCUCUUCGAUUCAUGUUUUUAGUAGCCUAUUAUUGAAAUUAUUAAUUCUUAGAAUUUUUCAUAAAUGUAUCUUUCAUUAAUUUUGUAAUAUAUUUUAUUGGUAUGGUGUACCUUUUUUAUUAUUUAUAUACCAGUUAGUUCGUAUGUUAAUUUAUAUUUUUUCUGCUCAAAUAAUAAAGGGAAUAUUAUUAACAAUUAUUUGAAUGUAUAUUGUGUGGUUAUCAUCGCGACUCUAUCUAUAAUUAAUUAUGCCCGCUUUAAAGUAUGUUUCUUUGUAUCGCGAAUCGAAUUAUUAAACAGAUCGGACCCACUGUUAAAUGAUAUUUUUGUAAUUCGUAUUUAUUUGGUCAUAUUUCAAAGACUGUUUAAUAAACGGUAUAGUAGAAAUGCCGCCUCCUCCUUUGAAACUGAAACUAUAAUGUAACGACCUCACGCAUCGAUUCACGCUGAAACUUGUCGCACAGCCUGUUCCAACUACCACACCGUGAUUUCUGUUGUAUAAUUUUGUUAUUGGUUCAUGCGUGGUGCUUAUUUGGAAGUUGGUCUGAUGGUGACUGGUGUCAGUCUUUGUGUGGGACAUUUUUUGUCGUCUGGUGCUCUGAACCUUGACACAUAUUAGAUGAAGGUAUUUUCUCAUCAUAAGGAAUUGUUUUUAUUGCUCAACUAGUUGCUUUUUCGUGAUUGUUAGCGGCCUAUAGGGAUGGGGUAUUUUUAUAAUCGAUAAGGGUCCGGAUACGAUAUACAUACUGCCAUUUGUGGAUCAUCAUCUCCUUACUAGAAUCCAAUAGUUAGUUUUUUAUAGGCAGAAUUCAUAUUUUUAAAUAGAGUUUUUAGUAAGGCUGAUGAACGACACCGUUUUUCUUUGGUAACUCGGCAUAUUUACUGUGAAGAACAGAUGUCUUGAAAACACAGUUUCGGUAGUGUUCUUUGCAAUUUAACUUGAUUUUGAACCAAGCCUGAAAAUACCUUCAUCACUUGUAAAUAUUUUUAAUAAAUAAAAAAGUUGGAGGCAAUGCGUCGCACGCAUCCCUCUAAUUUAAAACUGGAGUAAAAUCGAUUGCCUUUAAUCCAUAUGUAAACAAGAAAAUAUGUUGAUGCCUGCAUUUGUUUUUAACAUUCAAGCAAUUCCGGUCAAGUUUUACUGCCUUCGAAAAGAGAUUCAAUUUGUCGCCCUAAAUAAAAUAUAGCUUCUUGAAAAAUUGACUGUAUAUAAGAGGAGUUUAUAUGUCACUGUGUGACAAGUUUUAUGAAAUGGAAAAAAAUAUAUUUGCUUAUGUUGUAUUUAUGCAACUUCAAUUUGUUAAUUUUAAGUUUUAGUCCUUUAAUUAAUAAGUAACCAAGAAAUGUUGCUAUCAAUUUUAUAUAUUCAAUAAAAUGUAAAAUUGUA